UAAAAGCCGGUUGAUUCAAUGUAGUACAUAGAAGGCUUGGAGGUUUUCGCGCAGUAAUAAUCUGAACUGUCGUAGGGGUUAACGGUGUCCUUUAACGCAAUAUUGUUUUCUUCUAUAGCGUGGACAGUAAAAUAAUUUGUUUCUAAAAUGACUUGGUCCGUAAGUAGUUGUUUCAUUACUCUGGUCGUUCUGUUCCUCUGGCGGGUCGAUGAAAUCGCAGAAGCUUGUACUUGCAUGAUUGUACAUCCUCAACGUGCUUUUUGUAAUGCAGACGUCGUGAUCAGGGCAAAGGUGGUUGGUGUGGAAGUUGUGUCUGGUAACACCAAGUAUGACGUCCAACAGAUCAAGAUGUUCAAAGGUCCUAACCAGGAUAUCCACGUCAUCUUCACUGGAGGCCCGUGUCGCGCGUUUCUGGAAACCAACAAGGAGUAUCUCUUAACAGGCCGGCUGAAUACUGAUGGAACAGUGCAUGUAAUAAUGUGUGACUUCAUUCAUUCCUGGGAGGCUUUGAGUGACAUGCAAAUGAGGAGCUUGACUCUGCGCUACCAAAGCGGCUGCGAUUGCACGAUCAUCCGCUGCACUUCCCUUCCCUGUCCGAUCAGCACCUCAGAUGAGUGCCUGUGGAUGGACAAUGGCCAAAGCAGACCCUGGGACAACAUUGCUUGUAUCAAGGGGGGUGAUGGGUCCUGUUCCUGGUACAAGGGGAUGGCACCGCCCAAGUAGUUUCUGGAUAUUGAUGACCCCUAAACUCUACAGGCCAUCUACUCACAGAAAAAAAAGCUACAAACCCAAAUAAUUAUGAAUUUAGAAAGUAGGGUUAACAUUUACAAGACUUAUAUUGACUUGUCAGAGGACAGGUUGCAGGAAAUGGUGUAUGUGAAAGAGCGCAACAAUCUUAUGAAAAUGUCACUUGUUGUAAAAGUACAAUAAAAAUGAACUACAAAUA